UCAAGCAAAUGCAACUCUCAAUUUUACGUACUUAAAAAUAUACGGCUCUUAUUGGAUGUCAAAGUAAAGAAUUGAUAAAAAAGGUAAACAAAGAAAUGUCAUAAGAAAACACAGCGACAUGGCGUCCAAGCGAACAAAAUUAAAUUUAAAGGAAAAAAUUAAAAUUUUAGAUGAAUUAAAAGCGGGGAAAAGAUUGCAACAAUCUCAAAGCGUACAAAUAUACAUAAAGCAACAAUUCGUACCAUAAGGAAAAACGAAAGAACGAUAAGAAAGGUGGUUUCAGCCGCCUGUGCUGGGUGCUUUUUACGUGGGUUUUAUGUUCGCGAUGUUGCAGUUUUGAAAGCAGAACGUGCCCUUUUAUGUUGGAUUGAAGACCAUGCAGUAAAGAGGAUGCCUAUCGAUACAAGAUCUAUAAAAGCAAAGAUGCAACAAUUUUAGGUAACAAUUAAAAAUGAAGAACCUUCCACAUCAAUAAAUAGCGAGCGAUCCCAUUUUAAUGCCAGUAAUGGCUGGUUACGAAACCUCCUGAAGAGAAAUUCACUACACAAUGAAAAAGUUACAGGAGAAGGAGCCUCAGCUGAUGAACAUGCGGUAAGAGCAUUUCCUAAAGAGUUCUUAGAAGCAAUAACGUUGGGAGGUUAUGAGGCUCAUCAAGUAUCCAAUGCGGAUGAGACGGCACUCUUUUGAAAAAAAAAAGCGCCUAGUCGGACUUGUUUGGCAAAGCAAAACAAGUGUGUGAAGGUUUUAAAGUAGCAAAGGAGCGUAUCACGUUGUUGUUGUUUAGCAAUACAUCAGGAGACAAAAUGUUGAAACCUCUUCUUAUUAACAAAAAUCUUAACCCUAGGGCCUUAAAAGGUCAGUUAGAAUAUUUUGUUAUAAACACUGAUAUGUAUUUUAACUCGCUAAUUCGUUCCUCAGGUAUCGACAAAACUUAAAAAAAAAACCAAGCUUCCGGUCCAUUGGAUGGCGAAUAAAAAGGCUUGGGUCACAGCUUUACUUUUCAAGGACUAGUUCUUACAACAUUUUGUACGUGAAGUCCGAGAGUAUCUCCGUUCAAAACAACUUGAUUUCACAGUUUUACUAGUCAUAGACAACGCUCCUAGUCAUCCAGACAUUUCUCAUAAAAACGUGAAGAUAAUGUUUCUACCUCCUAAUACGACGUCGCUAAUAUGUACAACCACUCGAUCAGGGCAUUAUUGCUACUUUUAAACGUUAUUAUGUGAAGCAUUCUUUUCAACACAUAAUAAAAGAAAUUGAAACAAAUAAUGAAAUGAAUGUAAUAUCUGCGUGGAAAGCGUUCGAUAUAAAAAGCUGCAUAGACAGCAGAGAAACUGUACUGGAAAACCUGUGGACGGAUGUAGCGGUAAUGCAUACUGAGAAUGAGACAUUAUCUGAAUACGCCGAUAUUUUCCAAGUUUCCCACACGAUCGAAGGAGAAGGAUUCUACGAUAUAACUAUUGAAGAUAUUAAUGAACUUUUCAAAAAUGUUGUUAUUUUCGAUGAUGAGAUUUUGCAAAAUUUUAUAGAAAGCGAUUGUAAUGACAACAAAGAGAAUGAGGAGGACAGGGAAGAACAGUCGAGCGCUGCUGAUCUUUGUGCAUCUUUGAUCCAAAAUGGGUUAAACAUAGCGAUGGAAAUAGAAAAUCAUUUACUCAACUUGGACCCAAACACGGAACGGUCUGCAAGAUUCCAGCGCCAAUUAAAUGAAGCAGUAAAAUGCUACCGUGAGCUGUAUGAAGAAGUAAAAGCAAAGAAGACGCAACGAUUAAUUACUGAUUUUUUUAAAUCUUAAACAUAUUUUAUAUUAUAUCCAUUUUGUUAACAUUCCCAGAAUAC